AUGCCACCAGUUCAGCAAAUGCAACAGUUUGGCCAUGAGCCAUCCAACUUCGAGAAGUUCAAAAUGGGAGCGAUGAUGGGUACUACGGUUGGUGUUGUCGUCGGAGUCCUUUUUGGUGGUUUCUCCAUCAUUACACAGGGCCCAGGUCCAAACGGUGUUAUGAGAACACUGGGCCAGUACAUUGGUGGUUCUGCUGCCACCUUCGGGCUCUUCAUGUCUGUUGGUUCUGUCAUUAGAUCCGAUACUCAAAGACUCGAAGAGUCUACAAUGUCCAGAGCGGAGGCCAUGGCACUAACGAGGGCUAGAUUUGAGAUUCUCGGUGAACAAGUCAGAAGAAGAUGA